AAGGUCAUUCAACAUCAAAACGACAAUUCAUUCAUAAGUGUAGGGCUUAGCUGGUCGUUUGCAUAAUAUAGACUUGUACUAUUCUUGGCAGACACAAAGUCGUAUUAAAAUGGACACUCUAGCUGUGACGGGGAUUACAGUGGACAUGUUGGUAAAAUGGCAGGAGAAUGGUGCGGAAGAAAUAUUGAUUCUGGAUAGCAGACCAUUUAUUUCUUACAACGAAGGCCAUAUUGUCACUGCCACGAAUGUCCAUUGCCCCCCGAUUCUGAAACGGCGCUCGGGGGGAUUCGUGGCCCUCGAAAACAUAGUCCCGUGUGCCGAGAAGAGGGAGAAACUGGAGAGCGGGGACUUCAAAAGGGUCGUGGUUUAUGAUGAGGACACUGUCGACCUGGAACUCUCGGCAAAAGACUCGAAUCUGUACUCGGUGUUAAAAAGUCUACGACAACAAAUAGAUUCGAUAGAAGUGGACGAGCUGUGUUAUAUUAAAGGAGGAUUCAAAGAGUUCAGUUCAUUAUACCCCCAGCACUGCCGCUGUCAGUCCAAGCUUCCCACCAGCUGUACUCUGGAGACACCCGAUAAUGCACACAAACAGGAGGCUCCGGUGGAAAUCCUGCCAUUCAUGUACCUGGGGAAUUUCCAGGACGCCUCCAAUCUGGAACUCCUGCACCGCCUGGGGAUCACCUCCCUCAUGAACGUCUCCACCAAGUGUAAGAACCUGUUCGAGGACCAGUUUAGCUACAUGAACAUUCCCGUUGAUGAUAAUCCCAAUGCAGACCUGGCAGCCUGGUUUCCAGAGAGCAACGCUUUCAUUGAUACAGUACGAGAGAAUCAUGGCAAAGUACUGGUUCAUUGUCAGGCGGGAGUCAGUCGCAGCGCCACCAUAUGUCUUGCUUAUCUCAUGUACACCGCCAAGGUGGGGCUCGAGACAGCCUUUGAGCACAUCAAAUCUCGCCGCAGUGUCAUAUCCCCGAAUCUGAACUUCAUGCGACAGCUGGAGAAUUACGAAAAAGAAAUCAAAUCCCACGAUGGGACUCUGAAUACCUCAGUGUCUGAUUCCUCGAUGGACAGUUCAAUGGACACUUCGUCCAAUGAGACGGCUAGCAGUUCUAGUUCAGGGUUACAGUCCAAUAGCAGCUCUAGUCUCUCCCAGGGACAAGUGUUCGGGGGCGGAGCUUUUGACUUUACGUUCAGCCCCACAUUUUCAUCACCAAAUACCCCACUUCUUUCUCCAAGUUAGCUCCUUCCUAUCUCUUUCCCACUCCCCCCCCCCCCCCCCCCCCCCCCCCCCUCCCAUUUCAAAUCCCUCCCUUAGUUCAGUUGUCAUACAGCCAAAGUGUUGUUUGGUUGUACGUGUAGUUUGAUGUAUUUUUUCGUACUAAUACUUGUGCCAAAUGCCACAACAUAUUAUGUUUAUUUAGUCAUGCGACUUUCAACAGUGCAACUUGUUGUCGAUGUUUUCUUUUUUUGUUCUUUGUUUUCUCCUUUAAAAGGCCAAAACUUUACCACUGGAUGGUGCUAUUUCUGAUUUCAAAAGAUAAACAUAUAAGUAAGAGAUCUACCGUCCAACUAGUGUAACCAAAACUUAAAUAUUAAAAAAACCACUGUAUUUCACAAGUAUCAGUAAAUAUUUUUUAAGUUACUAAAGAAACACAUUUAGUUUAAAGCAUGUUAAUGCCGGUAAAAUAUUUGUCAAGAAUAUACUUUUUAUAUAAGCUUCAAUUAUACAAGUAGAAGGUUUGAUCUUUUAUUUGAUGCCACAUGAUAUUUUUCUGGUGUGACAUUUUGUUGUUCACAGAAACCAAAAAGAUCUGAUCAUUUCUGUAAGGAGUUUUUUCUUGUCAUUUUUGAUUUCUUAUAAAAAUAGAUCUCGUGUGAAAUAAUUAGUAAUUUUCAUUUAGAUUUUGAUAUUGGUUGAUAUUUGAUUAUAAUUUUAGGAAGUCUGUCAGGUAGCCGUCGAGGGACCAGUUGAAUUUCUCAGGCAUGUUUAAUAUACGUAAUUCCAAUGAAUAUUUUCUUUUUUUUUCUCGAAAAGUCUCUUUUUUUAAUCCAGGGAAAUCACUUUUUUGUAAACAUUUACAAAGAAAUCAUAAUUAUCAAAUCAAAAAUUUUAAACCGUGAAUUGUAAAUAAUUUUCAUAUAGUAAAUUGUUUAACAUUUCAUUGACACCAAUGUAUUUUUUGUUCUACUUUUUUCUUUUUUUAAAUGGAUAAAAAACACAUAUAUGUAAAACAUAUCCACUCCAACAAGUCUAUAAAUAAGCUUUUAUGUUUAAAAGUUUAAGUUAAAUUUUAUACUUCAAUUUUUUGUCAUUGAAUGCAAUCAUUUUCUGCCUUUUGUUUUGGGUGAAGAUCGAGACACCUAUAAUAAAACCGGAUGUUUGACACCAUCUGAAAUAUUUUAAAUCAUCUAUAUUUCCUGUCAUAAAUUUUUGAUCUUAAUAUUGAUAUAUAUAUAUAUAUAUAUAUCCAGAUCACAAUGCGGAUAAAUGAAUUAAUGUUACUGUAAUACAUGCACAGUACGUUUAACCAAAUUUGAGCAGUCUUAAUCUAUGAAAUUAUCUGUUUGGAAUGGUUUGUAAAGGUUAGAAUAAAAAAGGAUUAAAUUUGCGCCUAAUUAAGGACCCUCUCUUCGCUGCACACAGUGUACCGAAGAUCAUAUAAUUAAGGUGGAAUGGGACACCUCCAUGCUAUAAUGUACUAAUAAUCAAAUAAACAAUAAAAUCAAGUUUAAUUUUAUGAAUAGUUCUUUCCCCCUAACGCCCCUCCUGAAGUUGUCACCUAACAGCAUAACGCAGUGGGUUAGAGGGUUUACUACAAAUCUUCAAGUCAUGAGCUCGAAACGCAUAUGGAAUUUGAAAAUUUUUACCUUUUCAAAAAGUUUUAAAACUUUUUUUUGUUAAAUAUUGCAAAAUUUGAAAAUUCUAAAUUGAUAAAAGUUUUUUUUUUAAUAUACUUUAAUUUACAUUAAAAAUAUAGAUAGAUAUGCAGACAUACCACCUUAGUGAUAAAUACUGUGUGAUGUUUUGCUUUUAGUGAUCUGUUCUUUGAUGUAAAAUAAAACUGCUAUUUACCGUGUAUGAUUUCUAACCAAUUCAUGUUGUGAAACAAAUUGUUUUCAAUAGGUACUUUAUCAAUUUAAUUUUCUCAAAAUUUUUGCACAGAAUCACUUUAUUUUCACUGAAUAUCUUUCCUCAUUGGUUAAUGAUACAUUCCCUAUGUUUAAGACAAUUAGAGGGUCCUUAAUUUUGAUAUUUUUGUGAUAAGGUACAUAUUGGUCAGAAUUAAUGACAUAAUUUACUACAAAAAUGGGCAGUUAAAAGUUAUGAGUACAUACAAUACCAUCCUCAGAUAACGGAAACAGUAUAUACAAUCAUUGUUAAUCUUAAAAUCAUUUUUCUAAAUAUCAGUAUGUAGCAAUUAAAAUAAAAGAUGCAUAAUAUUUUUUCAAAUCAUACCUGACACAAUUUUAAAUCAUUCAAUGUUAUCUGUAUGACAUCAGCAAAGUUGUGCAUAUACAAACAAGCAAGAAGAAAUCCACUUGUGACAAAAUGUUGUGUGUAAACCAUUAGCAGAAUUUCAUGACAGUGUAAAUAAUGAUUGUAAUGUUGAAUAGUGUAUAUGUUAGCUUUCUGUAAUUUUGAUUUAUUUUGUUUACCCUUUUUUUCUGGGAAUUAUUAUAUUCUUUAAAUCUUGUUUCUGUAUCGCUUACAUUCAGUUAUUAGCUAUUAUUGUGUAAAAGCUUUAGAAGACUAAGAAGGCAGGAGAGGUUCCCCCCUUUGAUGUUACAUAAAUAUAAGCUUCAUGGUUAAUUUUUCCAGGAUAUAACAUGAAACAUUUUAUGCAGAAGUUUAUUUAUUGUAAUUUUUUUUUCAUUUUUCAUUUUAUUUUAAACAAAUUUUUGUGUUUAUACAUGUAUAUUAUUAUUCAGAGUUAAAACUUGAUUUUUUUUUUCAUGUAUUCAGUUUUUUUUUCUUUGUUAAGAAAACUUGUGCAAGUUGAUGUUUUAGUAGUUUCAAGGUUACAAGAUGCAUAUCUUUAAACACUUUGUGAGAUUGUUGUCAAAAAUACUCUAGGAGAGAAAUAAUGUGUUGUAUAGAACGGCCUGGAUUCUUAGAAGAAGGCUUCAAAACAAAUAACAGUACACAAAACUUCUUGUGAAAAGAAUAAUGAUUUGUUUUACAUGUAUGUGAUUUGCGAAAUCCAAAGUAAAAAUUUAAAACUGUU